GAAGAAGAAGAGAAAUCAAAGACGCAAAACGAUACCAUGAACACCAAGGAUGAUGAAGCGUAUCAGGUCUUCAUCAGUUUACACAGUCCUGCGUUAAAGGCAGCGAGAAUACCGCCACUUUACUGGAAGAGUUUGUAUUUUAAACUCGCCAAUGAGGUAUUUGAUGCUGGUGAGGUGUUUGGGAUCAUGCAGGUUGAAGAAGAGGAAGAUGAGGGGGGUGAACAGAGAGUCAAUCCUGGAGAUGAGAUGUCUUAUAAAGUUAUUGUCACUCGAGAGGGUGGCCUGCAGGCUGCUGAUCCCACCAGUGUGUUUCUCGUGGAUCACGCCUGGACAUACAGAGUGGAAAGUGCCAGACAGCAACUGCUGGAAAUUCCCGGACUUCUUAUCCGCAUGGCCAGCCUGAUGGGUCUACCUUUCCACGGAGAAGCCCCUGACCCGGACAUCGUGGAGACGGUCCUGGACAACAUGUGGAAAUAUAACCAAACCUAUCAGCUUUCCCAAGGGUCUGCAGAAGAGAAGGUCCCUGUGUGGUACAUUAUGGAUGAAUUUGGUUCUCGGCUUCAGCACUCUUCCCGCCCGACCUGCUGUAUGGCUCCUCUGUUUUACGCUCCACAACAAAUCGCUUACUCUGUGCUAUGGCCACUUCAAGACCUGGAAAAUGGAGAUGAGGUGACACGAGAUUAUUCGUAUGGUGAGACGGACUCUUUGGUGAGGAGUUGCCGACUGUUACCAUGGCUACCUGAUGAUCUUCAGGGCAUCAGUGAUGACGUCCAAGAGCCAUCUGACCUGUACUAUGAAACCAUCCUGCAGGAGAACAAGGAGAAGCUUCCCAUGAACAUUGAGCCUUACUGUGUGCCAGACGGGAAAGUUUUAAAGGUCUACUCUGAGUUAAAGCAGGUUACAGACAAUCUGAAACAUCCACGUUUCCAGUUUACCGAAAAUGAGGAGGAGGCCGAUAUUAUCUGGGCCUUUUCUCAUAUCCGAGAUUACAGGAAAAUGAGUGAGGAACGACCUCAUGUCCUGCUCAACCAGUUCCCCUGUGAGACUGUGCUCACUACUAAAGACUGCAUGGCGUCUGUAGCCCGGAGAGCGAGUGGAGGUCAGGGACCGAUGUGGCUCCCCAGGACCUUUAAUCUCCAGACAGAGCUGCCACAGUUCAUCAAACAUUACUUAAUGAGACAAGAGAGGGGUCUGGAUAACCACUGGAUCUGUAAACCGUGGAAUCUGGCUCGUGGUCUGGACACACACAUCACAAACAACCUUAACUUCAUAAUCCGACAGAGGGAGAGCACGCCAAAGGUGGUGAGUAAAUAUUUGGAGGACCCAGUGUUAUUUCAUAGAGAAGAGGUGGGUAUGGUGAAGUUCGACAUCCGCUACAUGGUGCUACUGCGAUCUGCUGAACCUCUGCGCCUUUAUGCAUACAACGUGUUCUGGCUGCGGUUUGCAAACAAACCUUUCUCGCUGGAUCAUCUCGAUGACUAUCAGAAGCAUUACACAGUGAUGAACUAUGCUGAAAAUGUGCAGCUCAGACAGAUUCACUAUGAUGACUUCAUUCCCAUGUUCGAAAGCCAGUAUCCGCAGUAUCCAUGGAAACAAGUUGAGGCGGAUAUCUUCAAAGCUUUUUCUGAGCUCUUCCAGGCAGCCUCCUGUCGUCCAGCUCCAUACGGAAUCUGUCCCUAUCCGUCCUCAAGAGCCAUUUACGCCAUUGACCUCAUGUUAAAGUGGGACCAGACUGCAGAAGGAGAUCGUGUAAUGCAGCCCCAGAUACUGGAGGUAAAUUUUAGCCCUGACUGUGAGAGGGCUUGUCGAUAUCACCCCAGCUUUUACAACCACAUGUUCCAAACACUGUUCCUGGAUCAGGCAGAACAAUGUCCUGUUACUCCAAUUUUAUAACCAAACUGAAUUCCAGCUCUAAAAUGCCUAAAUAAAAAUGAAUGGGCCUGCAACACUGUUUUUAUGUCAUUUGUUUAGCCAGAUUACUGUAGAUUGAUAUAUUCUAUUUUUAUUAUAUGUUUUAUGGUAUGGUUUAUAUAUAUAUAUAUAUAUAUAUAUAUAUAUAUAUAUAAAAGCAAAAAUGCACUUUGGUAAAGACUGUGGUAUCAUUGUUUGAAUGAAAACAUCACUUCAGGGCAUGCAUAAAGCUGUGAAAUGGGCCGGCACAUUGCCUCAGUAGCAUUGUUACCUCACAGCAAGAAGGUCUCCGGUUCGGCUGGGUCAGGAGGUCUUUCUGAGUAGAUGUUGGUUUACUCUGGGUACUCAGGUUUCCUCCCACAGCCCAAAAACAUACUGGUUAAGUGAACUGGAGAUUGAUUUACUUUUAUAUAGAUUAUUCAAAAAUGAAUAAGUAAAUAAACUAUAAUACGUAACUAUAUCUGGUUAUAAAUUAACAAUAAUCUGUUAUUAUAAGCAACAUAAAAUGUCUCCUUGCUCUGAUUCACAAUGAUAAGCUUAUAAUGGUAAUUAUAAAGUUGCAUGUGAAGUGGUUUGUUUUAAUCCGAAUAUGUGUAUCAAAUACUUUACCAUUAUGUUUUUAUGUUUUUCUAUAUGGAUAUAACCAGUUAUAUGUAUCACUUAGUGCAGGGGUGUCAAACUCAAUUUCAUCGCGGGCCACAUCAGCAUUACGGUUCAUCUCAAAGGGCCGGUUGUAUUUGAACGACUGUAUGAAUGUAUCAACUCUUUUAUUACUGUACAUUGCAUAAUUUUCUCUGCAUUUGCUUACUAUUGUUUUUGUUAAUAACUCAAUUAAUACCUAGCUUUGAAGGUAGAAGCCCAGGCAAAUAAUGAAAAAGUGUAUAGAGUACAACUAUUCUACAGAUUAUUUUAAAAAUAAUUGUGGUGACUAGGGGUGGGACGGUUGUCAUGACCACCGCACCACCGCAGUGGUGCAAUGCCACCGGCGGUUGUGUGACGUCACAUAUCAGGUGAAUGAUUAAACAAAAUAAUAAGUAAAAAUUGCAGUUUUUUUACACGUGAAAUAAUAAUAACAAAAGUUGUACAGUAAUUGAAAGCCUAAGAUACAAAUUUAUAACAUUGUUUUAUGUUAAUACACAAAUCUCCGCUACAUUACCAUGUAUGGCGUUUCCACUAAACUGGUGGAUUUUAGCAUAACUCAGCACGUUGGAGUUUAGCUAUGUCACUGUGUUGUGCGUCUGCUUUAGUUUCUUUUGGUCUCCAGUGACAGUGAUACAUACACAUCACGUUUGUCUUUUGUUGUGAAAUAAAAAUUUUACCAGGUUAAAGUCGCGCGCAUCAGGAAGCGCAUUUAGUGAAACUUUUCUUUCACCAUUUAAACCACCCUAACCCCCCCAUGAACCCCACCACCGCAACACCGGCGGUUGUUGUUGAUGGUUCUACCGCGGUGGUAAAAAUUUGCCACCGUCACAGCCCUAGUGGUGACAAAAACACAAGUUGUAUGUGAGUACACUCAAAAUGUUCUGUUGGCCUUCAUUGUGCAGGUCAGAAAAUGAGAGGCAUUUAGAUACUAAUAAAGAGUUUUACAAUCUCCACCACAAUAUGCAUUUAUUAGACACAUAUACUCUCACUUGUCAUUUCUUGCCAUCUUUACAAAAAAGCUGUGAUUUUUUUUACCUGGCUUUGAGUGUCUGAUUGUCUGACGUCUCAUCAGUUCAGUGUUGUAGACUACAGACCAAUAGUUUCAAUCGUUUAUUAAAAGUAAUCGGUUCAGAUUAUUUAUUAGUUCGCGUAUUUUUGUAAACUAAUCCCAGCUGGACUUCGCGAAACAUUUCUGUACACGAGACGAAAAACAUUUCAUCGCUGGAUCCGCGUGAGCGUGCGCGAGAGGGAGAGAAAGCACGAGCAGAUACAGUCCGUUUCCAUAUGCGGAGGUCGCAUAGGCAGCGUCAUCAAUCCUGGUUUAUUUAAGUUAACUGACCAUUACAUUCGCAAGUCAUACGCAUAUUACAACUAUUUACUAUAAACAAAAAAUAACAUUUAACUUUAUAAUUGUUAAUAUUCUGAAACAAGACAGUGUUGAUGACGUAUGCAGCCUGGAAAUGCGACCUCAGGAGGAUGCAGCAUUCGCAUUCAGACACGCCCACUCUAGUAGUGCGCGCGUGCAGGGCACUGCUCGUUCUUUCUCAUGGAAUCAUCAACAUUAUCACUAUAAUUACAUUACAAAAAGUCUUUGGCGGGACAAAAAUUAGCAUUGGUGGCUGCUAAAAAAAGCAAUGUAGGAAAUAAUCUGCAAAAAAUAAAACUUAUAAUAAUAAAAUUAUCUGUAAACUCUCACGGGCCACAUAAUUAACAUAAUUUGUAAACUCUCGCGGGCCAGAUGAAAUGAGGGGGCGGGCCGGAUUUGGCCCGCGGGCCUUGAGUUUGACACCCCUGAUGUAGAGGGUAGGGACAAAAGACCUACAGUCCCAGGAAUGUGACCACCAUGUGUUUCUAUAUGAUAUAAACCAUAUGUUUCUUAAUGUUACAAACCCUUGGGAAUAGAAGCAUAUGCGUGCGAAGACAGGCUUAAAUACUGUGGUACAGGGAAAAGGUUUUCAGUGAGUCUUGGAGUUUUUGCAGGACUGCUUCGUUUUUAUUUGU